UCCACCGCAUCAUCAGUCCGCGUCGGAGAGUUGCCCGCGACGCUUGUCUGCGAGCCCGAUCCCUCAGAUACGCUGCUGGUUUACGGCGUGCCGUAACACGACACGUUUGGAGGGACUGCCGCUGCUUCGCGUGUGCCUGGUGCUCUGUGAACACUGGAUUCUGUGCUACUAGUGUUGUGACGAUGUACAUGUGCUGAUUUUGUCAAGUUUCGAUCUACCUAUAGGAUUUUGACGACGCAACCAGUUCCGGAUCAGCUCAGCCGACAGUCGUGAUGAAAGUUGUCAGUCUUCAACUGCCUUCAGGGCCUAGUAUGGAGCGGUUACCGCUACCAUUUAGCCCUACCGAGUUACUUUGGCGGUACCCUUUACCGUGGGCCCCUCCGCCACCCUCACCGCUCGGUGAUGCCAAGGCUCAGCUACCGGCGGGUCUUCCCCCAGAACCGAGAUUAUGGACAAGAGAAGAUGUCGCAGUUUUCUUAAAAUGGUGCGAACGAGAAUUCGAUUUGCCGAAUUUUGAUAUGGAUCUCUUCCAAAUGAACGGUAAAGCAUUAUGCCUUCUGACAAAAACCGAUUUGGGCGAGCGCUGUCCUGGCGCUGGUGACGUAUUACAUAAUGUGCUGCAAAUGUUAGUACGUGAUGCUGCAUUGCUGGGAAGAGUUCCCUCGUCUCCAGUGACACCCACAGCGCGUGCCGCACCGUACCCACCUUCCCCACAUUCACACCCGCCUACUCCAACAUGGGCCGUCGACGGCUUUCAUCAUUUCCAUAGCGCUGCUGCAGCGGCUGCCCAACCCAACUCCGUAACUUUAAGUCCAGCUCCAUCAGUAGAUAGUUCGGGAAGCCCUCAAAGAGGAGAAGCAGUUAACUAUGCACCAAAUUAUGCACCAUCUAUGCCAGCCAAUACACAGGCUGCAAGUUCAGGAAGCAAUCACUCUGAUUCCGAUGAAGAAGCUCAAUUCGCACCACCUCCACGAUCUCCUAAAGAAGCGCCAUUGGCAAGCCCUGCGCCACAGCCUCACCCAGCGCCACAACACUCACAUUAUCGUGCUCAACACAGAGAAUUCUUCCCGAACGAUAUGCCAGAGUCAAAUACAAAUGGAAGAUUGCUUUGGGACUUCCUGCAACAGCUGUUAAAUGAUCCUUCACAGCGGUACACAAACUACAUUGCUUGGAAAAAUAGAGAAACGGGGGUGUUUAAAAUUGUUGAUCCAGCUGGUCUGGCCAAACUGUGGGGAAUUCAAAAAAAUCAUUUGUCCAUGAAUUACGACAAGAUGUCACGUGCAUUAAGAUACUACUACCGUGUCAAUAUUCUGCGAAAAGUGCAAGGAGAAAGACAUUGCUACCAGUUUUUAAGGAAUCCAACUGAACUGAAGAACAUCAAAAACAUUUCGCUGCUACGACAGCAAAUGAGUCCAACGAGAGUUGUGGCUCAAGCGGUUGUAAAAACAGAAAUGAAAGAAGAACGUUGUGAAGAAGAACCUGUUGACGAAGAUAUGCCUACUGACUUGAGUAUGGCAGCGUCUGAGCCGUGGCGGAAACGUGCGCGGCCAGACCCUAACCCAGUGCCGCCGCCGCAUGACAAACAUCACAUAAGUGCUCUCAUCGGCGACAACAUGAUGAUGAAACAAGAAUACACCACUGAACAUUAUGCACUCAACCUCAAAAGUGAAAAAUGUGAACAAUGAUUACAAAAGACUAUUAAUGUGGGACACUCGUUAGUGCAAAACGCAUUUUCUGCAUAUCCAUUAUGCAAUCAGCUCCACCCACUAAAAUUCUAGUCAAACUCCUCUCAGAAAGGAUAUUUAAGUCUUCCUCUAAAAAUAUAAUCGUACUUGAUGAACAAGCACUGAGAGUACUUUGACAGAUUUAGGAUGGUCAUUGGAGUUUAACAGGGUAUGGACCUUAAUUAUGCCUUUGUGCCAAGUGAUUUUUAUACCUAAUAGUGUCAAUUAUCUAUCUAAAUAGUUAGCAAAAAGGGACAAGAGUUUAUUCGUGUUAAAGUCAUAGAAAUUAUUAUAGAUUUGUGCAAUGGACUAUCACUUACGUAACUGUUGACUGAGAUCUACCAGUUACAGAAGAUUGUUGCCAAAACUCUGUAUCUAUCCAUAAUAUGUUAUGUGCGUAGUUCGCACUCGAUUAAUGCAUUUGCGUAAUUUAAUUAGUUUUAUGCGUGUUUUAUAUUUUUUGUUUAGAUUUGCUGAAAAGAGAAGAUAUAAUCCGAAAGAACUAAAAGGGUUAAAAUUUUAAGAAUACUAUCAUAAAUAAUGUAUGUAACGUCUUCCAUUCGUUCUUUUUGGCAAACCUUCAAUUGUAGCAAGUGAAAUUUAACUAUAACAUCUACCACAUCAAUGCGAAAUUUAAUCGUAUUUGGCAGCUUCGAAAUUAUAGUUAUGUUUUGGGUUUUUAAAGAAAUAUAUUAAAUCUUAUUACUAUUUAUUGAAAAGACAAUAAAAUGUCAAAUAUUUUGAAAAAUGCCUUGAAAUCAAUAAGAAACACACCCACUGUGAUAAAAUAAAGUGGUAGACAUAUAGUACGAUAGGGAUUUACUCAAAGAUUUCCAGCUACAAUUUUCUGUGAUCUCUUUUAUCAAUGUAGGUAGGUAGGUAGUUAGUUAGAUGUUAUGAAGUAAAGAUGUCUUUGUAAAUAUAAAUAUAGUUCUUAAUUAAGUAAGUAGAAUAAGUAACUGACUGUAAAGAGAGUGUAUGUAUGAUUUGUAAAACAAAGUGGAGCUUUAUCAAAGUACCUAGUAUAUCAGUAAGUUCUAUUACAACUGAGUUUGUAUUUUUACAUUUAUUUGUAUUUGGUAUGGAUGCCAAUAUUUCCAGCUUGAUGUACACAAUAAAAUAAACAUGGAGUUUCACAUUUAAAUAUUGUGUCGAGAUUUAUUAUUAUAACUUAAAAUAAAUGAGAAAUAAUAUUAUGUCUUA